CAGCACAGUAGGUGGCGGCAAUGCAGCUUCCGUGCAUGGUACGAGCUGACAAAAAACACCAUUGAAGAAGAAUAAGAAGUUCGAGUUAACGUUGGAAGCUACAAUUUGUAUUUUUAGUUGUUUUUUAUUUAAAUAAUCCAAAUAUUCCUGACAACUUUUUUUCACACAAUCCGAGAAUCAACAGGACUUCUGUACGGAAGUUGAACUGGCCAAAAGAUGCGAGACCGAACUAAAGAACUGGGCAAAGCUGCAGAGAGCUCAGAUGAAGAUGGAGAGGAGAGUGUGCUCAUGAUCAAACCAAAGAAUGCAAGGCUGUCAGUUAAAGAAGGGAAGAUGGAGAAUGACACUUUCUUGCAGAAGGUACAAGAAAUCUUGGAGGGGAUGGAGUCUCUGAAGAGAAAGGUGUCUGACCUGGAGAACAAGCAAAAAAUGGUAUUGGGGGUUCCAUUGCCUGACGAAGGUAUGAAGAAGGAUCUUCAGAUGCUGAGGGAUGAGAUCAAAACGAUAGCAGGGCAGAUCCAGAAGAAUCUGAAGAGUAUUGAACCUAAAAAAGAAGAAGAGGAUGGUAAAUAUGUGCCUAUAAAUAUCCGGAUGCAGAGAACACAACAUGGUGUCCUGUCUCGGGAGUUUGUGGAGUUGAUGGGCCGAUGUAAUACCAUUCAAGCCCAAUACAGAGAUCGCAAUGUGGAAAGGAUACAGAGGCAGCUCAAAAUCACUGGAAGCAAUGUCACUGAUGAGGAAUUGGACAGGAUGCUUGAGAGUGGGCAGACUGAUUUCUUCACGCAAAAUAUUUUGAGUGAUGCUAAAAACACCAAGCAAGCCCUAAAUGAGAUUGAGUCACGGCAUGAUGAGAUCCUCAAACUUGAGAGGAGCAUUCGGGACCUACACGAAAUGUUCCAGUACCUUGCUAUGGAAGUCGAGGCACAGGGGGAAAUGGUGGACCGCAUUGAAGCCAACAUAAUGCACUCCAAAAACUAUGUGGAGAAUGCUGUGACAGAGACCCAACAAGCUGCCAACUACCAAAACAAAGCCCGUAAGACAUAAUGGGACCCUUGUCGUCAAAAAGUGGUGCAUUUUUGCAAACGUGAGAUGAGCAUUGAUGUUCCUUUUGGUUAUGUGUGAUUUCUGCCUUAUUACUCUCCAUGAACCCAGUUUUUGCCCAGUUUCUCUCUUAUUGUGAAAUCAUGAACACUGACCAUAGCUGAGGCUAGAGAGGCCUGCAGUUCUUUGGAUGUUAUUCUGGGGUCUUUUGUGACUUCCUGGAUGAGUUGUUCUGCGGCCUUGGAGAAAUUUUGGCAGGUCUGCCACUCUUCGGAAGAUUCACCACUGUUCCAAGAUGAGAUUUUUUGAGAUAUCUACCAUUUGGAGAUAAUGGCUCUCACUGUGGUUCCAUGGAGUCCCAGAGGCCUUGAAAAUGGCUUUGUAACCCUUUCCAGACACGGAUAUAUUUUGACAACUUUUUUCUCAUUUCUUUUGGAAUUUCGUUUGAUCAUGGCAUAGUGUGCUUGUGGAAACUUUUUGGGGACUACUUCACCCUGAGGGUAAGGUUCCAUAUGCGUGAAGUUUAGAUUCAACAGGACUGCCUCAGCUGAAUCUAUCCAUUAAAUUUGGUUAAUUGGUUGAUUGAUUAAGCAAUUACUUUUUCAGGGGGACGAUAUGGGUGUUUGACUUCAUUUAUUUGUUAUUUUUAAUCCCUUUGCGCAAGCCCCCUAGUAGGCUGCACGCCAGCGUGCCUAGAUUGUUCAACUCAGACAUUCAUUGUUCCUGCAACUAAAUUGAGUUGAAAACACAAACUCUGUGUUCUAGUUUUAUUAGUAGACUAUACAGGAUUACUAUGCCGAAUACGGAGUUCCACAGCACCACCACUGUUGCAACGGUUGUUCAUUUAACAGGCACCCCUCCCUGCAGUGUCAUCUGCAACUACACCUCCCACCCAUGACACACUGGACUGAAUCGUCUGGUUCUCGAAGUAGAAAUAUCAUUCAUAUUAGCCAUAGAGAAUUUGAUUCGUCAGACAUUAUACAUUAACUGUAAAAAGUGGACUUGCCAUGAGCUACAAGAUUGUGAAACGAUGUCAUAAGGAUGUUUUAAUUAGUGUGUAAUCCCAUGAAAAUUAGAAUCUUUGUGUUUUUGUUACCUUAGAAUAAGCCCUAAAGGGAGCGGGUCCUCUUCCACGGAGGCCGCCAUGUUGCACCGCCAUGUUUUUACAGUAGCCCAGAAUGGACAAACGGCUCUAGAGAGGGCCUUUUGCAUUUUUUUGUUGGGUGGCGCGAAUGCACCGGUUGGAAGAUGAAGAAGAAGAAAAGAGAGACCGAGUGGUCAUAUAUGGUCUUGGACAAUCCGUUUGUGAAAUAUACGCGCAUUUGUGAUGCCUGGGUACCUUCCAAAAUAGCUGUACGUAAUACCAUAUGUGUUGUUUACGGUGUUGUCACCCUUUUUAGUGCAGUCUGGUUUGAUUGACAAUCCAUUUAUUCAAUAGGUGAGAGUAUAAGCUUUUUAACGACGUAUAACGUCAAAUUUUGCUUUUGGAAUAGCGUUUUAUUGGUCAGCGUAAUAGAAAGUUUUGUUAUCAUCGCAUUCACUUAUGCAUUCACUCUGGUAGCAGUAAAAGUCUCUGCACCUAAUGAAACGUUGUUCAAUCAGUGAUUUUAGCAUGGUAUUUCUGGUGGUGCAGUUUUUUAUGAUGUCUCCAUCACAAAAAAUAAAGGUAGCAAAUUAGUCUACGGUAGGCCUAUGCCCUUAUAUGGGCUGUGCUGUAAAUGCCAGGGAGCAGAAAGAUUUCCAAACCGUAUACAAUUCAUCGCUUCAGCACUCAGCGCGACACAGAAUGCUACAUUGAGGUUGCCUGUACUGCAACAAAGUAAAAAGAUGAGACAGACACGUGUCUUCAAUAAAACUAUAAAUACAAGCAUGCGGCACAUUGUUAACUUGUAGGAAAGUGUUUGUAUAAAAUGUUUGCAUAUUUAUUUGACAUUUAAAGAAAUACAAUUGAUAAUGGUCCUGUUUUUAAAGUUCCAUCAUGUGCCGGGUGGCCACGGGAUUCGCUUGUCUGAAGUUUUCGCCAGAGUAGCCGUUCUUUUAGGCGAGGUGGGAAAAAAAGGUGUCAAAAGCAGCUAAAUCCGCAAAGAACACCUUCAGCUCACUGAUUCUGGAUGCGCAUACUUGCUGCAGGGUUAGGUUUAACUGGUGGGCGUAGCAAUGCACAAAUAUUGCGUUUGGGUAGUUCUCCUUCAUCAGUGUUUGCACGCUGCCUACAUUACCACUCAUCACAGCUGCCCCAAGCUGUGCAAUGAGUUUGUCAGUCAGCCCCAGGGGCUCAAGGGCUUGUUUGAUUGCGUAGGAAAGGCCAAUGGCAGUUUUAUCCUUCACUCGAUGGAAUCGCUUUGUGACGGUGUUGUCUACCAUAUAUCUCAACACUAUGACCAUUUGGGAUUUGCAUGAUAUAUCGGUAGUCUCAUCUGCCUGGACAGCAACAAACUGGGUCUCUCAAUUGUUUGGCCACUUCCUCCCUGAAGAUCUCAUAUGUGCAAUCCAGGAGUUUGUUCUGAACGGUGCUAGAUAUCUCCUUGAAGUAAGGCUGCGCAUCAUAGUAUCUUUUGAGCCUGGUGUCCCCCUCACACAUUGUCUCAAAAAUGCACCUAAAAAUGCCUAGGUUUAGUGAGCUGGCUGACUCGUCGUGACCACACAAACUCAUUUUGUAUUUCCCACAGAGUUUGAUAUAAGUAAUCAGCCUCCCCAGAACAUACCGAUUCUCCUCAAUCUGUUGUGCUCCUCGAUGCAACGGCGAUAUGCACCAUCUAGUUGUGCCUGGAUGUUGAGCUGCCCCAGUAAACCCAACUCAUGGCACAAUCCAGAUGGGACGCAGAGCUUUCAUGCUUCGCUGUUCUUUCCGACAGAUGUUUAAUGUCUUUUAAUCCAGCCGAUGCCCAAACGGAGUCUCCACCACCAAAAAGCAUACAUGGGAAACAGAACAGCGCAUGUUUCGAGGUGCUAGCGGUUAGCCAUCUCUUUUUGUCAAACCAUUCCUGUUUGAACGUACGGGUCACUUUAUCCCCAGCCUGAAGCAGAUGAAGUCUUCUGGUCUGUGUGGCCCUAAACGUUUUAUCUCCCAACUUCUCUUCCAAAGUCAAUGUACUAAACUGCACAGCAAAUAGCCUACAUGAUUCAUCGUAAAAAAAUAAAAUAGACUCGUUCAAACUUGAACUUAGAAACUUCAAAAAUUCAAAUAAAAUCACACGCCUUGAAAUUGAAAACUUCAGCUAGCUAAAUCAAGUUGAUGUACGUCUAUCGCUAAUGCUAGCUAAUGAUGUCAUCGAUUGAAUUGGCUUUGUUUGUGAUUAUUUCCUGGUCAUGUCAGGCCACGUUAAUGAUGUUAGCAUUAGCGAUUAACAGUUACGUUUAUUAUUUUUUCGCCACCUCAGGUGACCCACCUGUUGCUAGGCAGAAUUCGUAGGGGCAGAAACGUUUCCCUAAUGUAAAAACACGCCUGGAUCCAAUGUGUCCCUUAUCCAAGUAUUCAUUCUCACACAAAUAAAAUCAGGUUAGCUAUGUUUUCAUUCCAUAUCAUUCCACACAAGAAAGUGGAUUUUGACAGCCACUAUCUCAGUUUACUUUGAAAUGUUUCAUGUGGUUAGAAAAGAUAAGUAUUCAUGUUACUUUUUGUAGAAAUAUCAUCUGAUCUGUUAGAAAUCAAGCUAAUGUUAACCUUGACUGCGAGGCAACAACGCUGAAGCGUAGCUUUAGUUUAAACAUAACUGAGGUGUAGCUUUGCAUUAACAUUAUGUACGAGAAAUCACUAAAGAAAAGAAUGUAAUUAACCUAAAUGUGAUUGAAACUUAUUGAAAGUGAGGGGAAAGGGAUACGAUCACUCGCAAUGCUUUAUAGUUCAUUCCCUCUUUAAAAAGGUUUUAAAAAGUACCUUUACCUUUUUUCGUUUUUCAAAGAUUAUUUUGUCUGAAUCAUUUUUAUACUGUCAUGAUUCAUCUCAUAGCUGGAUGGUUCAGUUCAUGACUAAAAACUAUAUUAUCUAGCCUCUUUCUGAAAUGUCUAUGAAGAAAAUUAAUGGGACAUUUACUUGCAGAACCAGGGCCACUGUAAAAGUGGGCAGUAACAUUUCAGCUCUAUAGUGUCAAUAUGGGUAUUCAUUAAAAUAUUCUUUCACCACUAAAAAUUUGUAUUCCGUCAUAGCAA